CGUAUGACAAAUUCUUCUUGUCUUCAAACGCUCAUAACUUUAUUGCCAGGCUAGGUAGACAAAAACUGUCAACUGGAAAAAUGUAGUACACAAUUUUUUCUACAUUUUCUACAUUUUUUUAUUACCUACAAUGGGAAAGGAGAUAUAAUUCAUUUUGUUUCCCUAAAAUUCCAUCUCAAUUUCCAGAUUGAUCGUCAUAACAUUCAGCACCUGCUCAUGAUUGAAUGCGUUGCGUGGUUCGUAUUAUUCUACUGACCUGUUUCAUUUUUGUCGCCUUCAUUUAUUUGGCCGUCUCACAUGCGAAUUCCAAAAUUGUGAUCGCUUUUGAUGCAAAUGACGAGGAAGCCCGCCGAAUUCUGGACAGCGCGAUCCCGUCGCCGACGGUCGCCAGUCCAUUCAACAACAAUGCACCACAGUCGAUGUCCGUUUCGGUAGCAUUGGUGCUUAUCGUAUCACUUAUCAGUGUUGCUCUUCUUAUCACAGGUAUAAUCAUAAUCGCCGUCACGCUAGAUCCAACUUCAAAUAGUGAGGAGGAUGAGGAAUCGGAUUUGGAAAUCGACGAACCCACGGCGGCUCGUUCCAAACGGAAUGAUAAACAGAUUGCCGAUCCGAAUAGUUACUAUCCACGUUUUGAUUAUGAUUUCAAUCAUUCGAAUACGAUUCUCUCUGAACUGUGAUUAUUUUCCCCCAUUCCAUUUACGGGUCUAAUCGUCACUUUUAUGAUAAAAUGUGUAUUAU